AUGAAUGAAAACCAAGUUCAGUAUCUUACUCCAAAGUUCUUGAUCCUCUCAGCCAUCUCCCAGUCUGCCCCAUUACUCCCAGCUCCCUCUUUCCUGUGUUGCUCUUGCUCCCUGCCUGACCCACUUUGGCCCCUGCAGCAGCACUCAGCUGAGUAUCCUCAGCUGCUCAUGGGGAAGAAGCAUCAUCUUUGCUCUCCAUGGAGAAAGAAGCAUUCUCCUUGCUCUCGGUGGUACUCCCCCAGCACAAGAUCUCCGUGGUCACAGUUUGUGCUGCCUCACCUUCAACACAUCAUGCAGAAUGAAACAACUGUCACAGAAUUCAUCCUCCUGGGGUUCUCCAGUAACCCAGCUCUGCGGCUGUGCCUCUUUGGCCUUUUCUCUGUCCUCUACUCUACCACCCUGAUGGGAAAUGCACUUGUCUUUGUGCUUAUCUGUCUGGACUACCGCCUCCACAGCCCCAUGUACUUCUUCCUCUGCCACCUCUCCAUUGUGGACAUCUGCUACGCCUCCAACAAUGUCCCUCAUAUGCUGAGGAACCUCCUUGGACAAGGCAGAACCAUCUCCUUUGCUGGGUGUGGGACACAGAUACACCUUUACCUAAUCUUCGCACUUACAGAGUGCGUGUUGCUAGCUGUGAUGUCUUAUGACCGCUAUGUGGCAAUCUGCCAUCCCCUCCGCUAUGCCCUCAUCAUGAACUGGAGGGUGUGCCUCCAUCUUGCCGCAGUUUCAUGGGCUUUUGGGUUCGUAUUUGGUACACUGCAAGCCUCUCUGGCUUUACGUCUGCCUUUCUGUGGCCCCUGCGAGGUUGACCACUUCUUCUGUGAAAUCCUUGCUGUCUUAAAGCUGGCCUGCACUGACACUACUCCCAAUAAAGUCCUGAUCUUUGCUGUUUGUGUGUGCUUCCUCCUCUUCCCUGUAGCUUUAAUCCUAGUUUCCUACCUGCACAUCCUGGCCACCAUUCUGCGCGUCCGCUCCGCACCAGGAUGGCACAAAACGUUCUCCAUCUGUGGCUCCCACCUGACCGUCGUAGGUCUGUUUUAUGGAAAUGCCAUCUUCAUGUACAUGGGGCCCAGGAGCAACAACUCAUCUGGGAGGGAGAAAGUUCUUUCCCUUUUCUACAGUCUCGUCAGCCCCAGUUUGAACCCACUGAUUUACAGUCUCAGGAACAAGCAAGUGAAGGAAGCCUUGCUGAAGCUUCAGAGAAGGAGAAGAAUCCUUCGUUUUGUGUAG